CAGAUACCCCAACAGAUGAGGCUAACAAAAAUAUCAAACUCCACACUCAAACAUAAAAAUGGUGGUUAUCACCUCCAUCACCACCACUAAUCUCACACACACCUACACUCUCACCUGCAAGCCUGCAACAAACUCUCUCUAUUACCUCCACAAAUCCCCAACCAAAUCCACCACUUGUAGAUCAUCCAAUGGAGUGGUGGUUAUCAGGUCAUACAUGGAGGAUUCUAAUACAAUUUCUGGUUUCGCCAACAAAAUUAUUGGCGCCUUGCCGGUAAUAGGUCUUGUAGCCAGAAUUCUGACCGAUACCGGUGGCGUUGGCGGUGAUUUUAUAGAUUUUGCCGAGUUUAGAAGAAGAGUUGGAAAGAAUUCGUCGGUCAAUGAUUCUAGGGCUUUUAUUGACUUUCAGGAUCGAAGAGGACGGGCAGGGGAUCCUCUAUACGUGUUGAUAUGCUGCUGGUUAGCUGCUGUAGGAGCUGGAUUGUUGAAAUCUGAAGAGAUUUUGGAAGGAGUUGCUAGACUGAGGAUUUCGAAUGAUAUUGAAUUUGAGGAGGAGACGUUCAUCGCCAUGAUGAAUGAAGCCAGAGAGAAACGAUCAAAGCUAAACGUACCCGCACCCGCAAUUCCGAUGGAGGCCCGAGUUGAGAAAUCUCUUGACGCUAUACACGUUUGUUGUUUCGGGAGAGAUCUUAUUGAAGAAGAAGAUGAACAACUUCUAUGUAUCAUGCUCAAAGUCGUCUUCCCCUCUGUUGGGCAGUCUGAGAUUGCGGAUAUGGUGAAAGCCAAGGCUAAAAGAGUUGCAGAAGGAGGUGAAGAAGAAAGGUACCCGGAACCUAAAGCGUUGUCUAAAGAAGCUGUGCAGCUUCAAAUGAAAGAUCUCCAGUUUCUGAAACAGAACAGCGAUGAUUGAAGAUGAGAUUACAGUAAGUGUUGGAAUGUUUGAGGGUGAGAAUUGUUUCUCUUACUGUUCUUUCUGUAAUUGCUUGAAUACCCAGGUUGUAGAUUUAUAAAAAUGGUAGCAUGAAUGCACAAACAAUCAAUGUCACAAAGUUUUGGAAGCAAAAAUGUUGCAUUAUAUAGACAAGUUUAGUUGUGAGAUUAUUUGGAUGUGGAAUUGAC